UGUUGCAUCAGUCGCUCUGUAAAGACAAGGUUCAACAGUAGCUUCCACAUACAGUAAACCAAAAUGUCCGAUGUCAAAGUGAACGCUACACAAGCAAAUUAUUACAUGCCUGUUCAACAUGAGGAUGAGGAUGAGGAUCACCUAAGGUGGAAACAAAAGUGCGACGAAUGUUUCGAGAAGCCAUCAUACAAAAUAGAACGUAAGAACAUUUCUGAGUCAUGUCAUGCUACUCGCAUCCUGGGGCGCAGAUACGCUUUGACUACAACGCCUUAUAAGUAUUUGGAGAUUGGACUCAAUGUACAAUCUCGUGUACCCGUCGUGGAAAUAGUCCUCGGUGACAAUCGCGGUAAUCAACUAAUAUUACAUGCAGACACUUGGGGAAAACUGAUGGAAAAUCGUGAUGCUAUACAAUGACUUCUGGAAGCGAGCAAAUCAUCGUAAUUUCCGUUACGGAUUCGAGGUUUAAGAGUGGAAUUGAGCUAAAUGGUUCAAAAAUUGUAAAAUUAACGCUAUCUUCUAAGUGUUUGUAUUUGAAUCCUGCUACCAUGAACACGUUAUUUAUUUAUGAACAUUGCAUUGAUCAUAUAUAUACGCAGUUGUCUGAACAGUCAUAUCUUGUUAGAUCAAAAUUUCAAACUUUUGUAAAAGUUCUUCGAAAAAAAUUUACCGAAAUGUGUUAUGCGGUAAAAGCGAUACGUGAAAGCGCUGGCUUUGACGGUGAAUCACUUAUUGAUUGCAAGCUACU